CGCACCGCUCAAGUCGACCUCUCGCACAGCACCCGCAUCCACGCUCGACAUGGCCAGGCAGAAGAACACCAAGUCCGCUCCGCCCAGCAAGGCCAAGGCCGAUGGAACCGACCCCUUUGCCGUCUGGCGCCACUUCUACGCCAUCGAGAGCGCCAGGAUCCUCGACGAGAACCCGAACCUCAAGCACGCCGUCGUGAGGAAGCGCGUGAGCGCCCUCUACAAGAAGCACGAGGCCGAGCUCGCGAGCCGGGCCAGCUGUGGCGAGGAGUGAGGGCUCGAGCGGUCGUCGAGGGUCGAGGUGGUCGAGGAGGAGGGUCGUCCCGCUUGUCCGUGUUCAUGCUGUAUAGUUGUCCUCUCUC